CUUCGCAAUCCAUUCUGUCCGCUACCUUCGAUCUUCCUAGCAAAGUCUACCUUACCAUCAUAUCAGUGCUGAAAUUUGGCAUCAAGUACUCCCACAAACGGCGCUCUUGAUGUCCUCAAGCUAACCACUCUCAGAGUUCCUGACAAGCCAACACAACAAGUAAAGCUCACUCCGCAAAAGAUGGAGGACGCCAUGUCAUCCUCUCGCUUGGUUGUGAGACAUCAUGGUCAAGGUAUUACUAGUAUUUGAUCGAAACAAUCAGACACGCAAAAUGUCUGAGCAUGGACCGGUGUUCGCAAUUUUCCUGCCAGCACAUAUUGUCAUCCACCCAGUCUCUCUUGAUUCUGGAGAUGGCAAUGCUGGAAUGUGGAAGUGCGUUCUGAGAUCAUACGGUUGAACUUGACUCUGGAUAAUACCAGCGAAAGAAUCAUGCAUUCUCCCUCUUUCCCCUAACCUCGUGGGAAUAGUUAGCCUAACAAGUGCAGGAUGUCUCCACCAAUUGCCACCUACAACGAUUUCGGCGGUUUUACUGCCACCAAAGAGGUGAACGGCGCCGUUCUCAAGACCAAGAACAUCACCCUCAAUGGCGCUGAAAACCACACCAGAGUCCUUGACGACUUUGCUGGAAAAUGGGACAACUUCAACUUCGCUCCCAUCCGCGAGUCACAGGUCUCUCGUGCCAUGACCAGACGCUACUUUGCAGACCUCGACCGCUACGCCGAGUCUGACGUGGUCAUCGUCGGCGCUGGGUCUUGCGGUCUAUCGACUGCCUACACCCUUGCCAAUGCUCGUCCAGACCUGAAGAUUGCCAUCAUCGAGGCAUCCGUCUCUCCUGGUGGUGGUUGCUGGUUGGGCGGCCAGCUCUUCAGCGCCAUGGUCCUGCGCAAGCCAGCCGACGCCUUCCUCAAGGAUAUUGGCGUUCCUUUUGAGGACGAAGGCAACUAUAUUGUUGUCAAGCACGCUGCGCUGUUCAUGAGCACCCUGAUGAGCAAGGUUUUGGCCAUGCCAAACGUCAAGCUCUUCAAUGCCACCUGCGUUGAGGAUCUCAUCACUCGUCCAUCCGCCGACGGUGGUGUCCGUGUCGUUGGUGUCGUUACCAACUGGACCCUGGUUACUCUGCACCAUGACAACCACAGCUGCAUGGAUCCAAAUACCAUCAACGCUCCUCUCGUCAUCAGCACGACCGGUCACGAUGGCCCAUUCGGCGCUUUCUGUGCCAAGCGUCUCGUCAGCAUGAACGCCAUCGAGAAAUUGGGCGGCAUGCGAGCUCUUGAUAUGAACAGUGCCGAAGAUGCGAUUGUGAAGGGCACCCGCGAGGUCUCCCCUGGCUUGAUCAUGGGAGGUAUGGAGCUCAGUGAGCUCGACGGAGCCAAUCGCAUGGGCCCUACCUUUGGCGCAAUGGUCCUCAGUGGUGUCAAGGCUGCUGAAGAGGCAUUGAAGGUGCUCGACGCCAGAAUGGCCGAAUGCGCUGAGUAGAGGUCAAGUGAUGCCGUCUUGGAAUCCUUUGUGGAGGAAAACCCGCGCGCAAGCCCCGAAGAACCAGUCUCUCUGUAUGGGUUGGAACAUAAAGAGCCCAUACCUGCCACUCAUUGAUAUACCGUAGCUCAAUACUAUCAGACCGGUCUUUGAAUACUUAUUAUGCUAUUUGAACAUGCAC